AUGGCCAGGAACUGCUCUGAGUGCAAAGAGAAAAGGGCAGCACACAUCCUCUGCACCUACUGCAACCGCUGGCUGUGUAGCUCUUGCACAGAGGAGCACCGGCAUGGCCCUGCCUCUGGGGGCCUGCUCUUUUCCCGGGCCCAAAAGGGAUCUCCAGGGGUGAACAAUGGUUCUGGGGAGUUCGCCUUGUACUGUCCUCUACAUACGCAAGAAGUACUCAAGCUGUUCUGCGAGACCUGUGACGUGCUCACAUGCCAUAGCUGCCUAAUGGUAGAACACAAAGAACACAGGUGCAGACAUGUUGAAGAAGUUUUGCAAAACCAGAGGAUGCUUCUGGAAAGUGUGACAACACAGGUGGCACAUAAGAAAUCCAGUCUACAGACAUCUGCAAAGCAAAUUGAAGACAGGAUUUUUGAAGUGAAGCAUCAGCAUAGGAAGGUGGAAAACCAGAUCAAAAUGGCCAAGAUGGUUCUGAUGAAUGAGCUGAACAAACAGGCCAAUGGGCUCAUAGAAGAGCUGGAGGGCAUUACAAAUGAGAGAAAGCAGAAGCUGGAACAACAGUUACAGAGCAUCAUGGUUCUCAACCGUCAGUUUGAGCAUGUGCAGAAUUUCAUCAACUGGGCUGUCUGCAGCAAGACCAGCAUCCCUUUCCUUUUCAGCAAAGAGCUGAUUGUGUUUCAGAUGCAGAGAUUGCUGGAAACAAGUUGUAAUACAGAUCCUGGCUCCCCUUGGAGUAUCAGAUUCACAUGGGAACCUAACUUCUGGACCAAGCAACUGGCUUCCCUUGGCUGUAUAACAACUGAAGGUGGACAACUAUCUCGAGCAGAUACUCCUGCUUACGGAGGCUUACAGGGGCCAUCAUCCUUUUAUCAAAACCACCAAUCUCCAGUGGCUCAGCAAGAGGCUCUUAGCCACCCCUCACAUAAGUUCCAGUCUCCAACACUAUGCUCCACGUCUGUGUGCUGUUCCCACUGCUCCCCUGUGUCACCUUCCUUUAAAGGCCAGGUCCCACCACCCAGCAUACACCCAGCCCACAGCUUUAGGCAGACCUCUGAGAUGGUGCCCCAACAGCUGGGCCCACUGCAGUGCUCCACCCUACUGCCCAGGGAGAAGGAGCUGGCCUGUAGUCCUCAUCCACCAAAGCUACUACAGCCCUGGCUGGAAACCCAGCCCCCUGUGGAGCAGGAGAGCACAUCCCAGAGGCUGGGGCAGCAGCUGACUUCCCAGCCUGUGUGCAUCGUCCCUCCACAGGAUGUUCAGCAAGGAUCCCAUGCCCAGCCCACCUUACAGACACCCUCUAUCCAAGUUCAGUUUGGCCACCAGCAGAAGCUGAAGCUCAGUCACUUUCAGCAGCAGCCACAGCAGCAGCUGCCACCUCCACUGCCCCCACCACCUCCUCCCCCACAGCAGCCACCCCCACCUCUGCCUCCAUCGCAGCAUCUGGCUUCUAGUCAGCAGGAGAGCUCUUCUGGGCCUGCCUGUUCCCAGAACAUGGAUAUAAUGCACCACAAAUUUGAGCUGGAGGAAAUGCAGAAGGACUUAGAGCUUCUCCUUCAGGCUCAACAGCCCAGCCUGCAGUUGAGUCAGACCAAAUCUCCUCAGCAUCUUCAGCAAACUAUUGUGGGGCAGAUCAACUAUAUCGUGAGGCAGCCAGCACCUGUCCAGUCCCAGAGCCAGGAAGAGACACCACAGGCUACAGAUGAGUCCCCAGCAUCUGAGUGCCCAAAGCCAGCUCUCCCUUUGGAUAAGAAUACUGCUGCUGCCUUGCCCCAAGUAUCCGGGGAAGAACCCCCUCUCAAUGUCCCCCCAGUGGACAGCACCAUCCAGCACUCCUCUCCGAAUGUGGUGAGAAAGCAUUCCACCUCGGUGAGCAUCAUGGGCUUUUCCAACACUCUGGAGAUGGAACUGUCAUCUACCAGGCUGGCAAGGACCCUAGAGCCACAGAUCCCAAGUGUGAGCAGCCUGACAGCUUGCCCCCCUCAAGCAGUACCAAGCUUACUGAGUGGCCCCCCACAAACUGUGUCCAGCCUGACAAGUGUUCAAAACCAGCCCAUUCCCAGCCUGACAACCAGUCAGCUACAGACCAUGCCCAGCCUUGUGCGUAGCACUUUCCACUCCAUGCCCAACCUGAUCAGUGAUUCCUCCCAGGCGAUGGCAACCCUAGCAAGUGAUCACUCUCAAGCCAGGCCCAGCUUAAUGUCUGGUCAUGCCCAGGAUGUGCCGAGCCUGGCAACUUGUCCUCUGCAGAGCAUGCCUUCAGUUUCUGACAUGCAGCUGGAAUCUGUGUCCAGCUCCAGUCCUAGCUCUGGCCAAAGUACAGGAAGCCUGUGCCCUGGGCAAGGGCCUGACACCUCUCCAGGGAAUGCCCUAUGCAAGGUAAAACUGGAGGAGCCCAUUAACCUCUCUGUGAAAAAACCUCCACUAGUGCCAGUGGUCAGCACAUCUACAGCUCUUCAGCAGUACCAGAACCCAAAAGCGUAUGAGAACUUUGAACAAGGAGCCCUAGAGCUGGAUACAAACGAGAACCAGAGAAGCAGAGCCUUCAACAAUGAGUCUAAGAUUCCCUAUGUGCGACUGGAGAGGCUCAAGAUCUGUGCUUCCUCCACGGGAGAGAUGCCUGUGUUCAAGCUGAGACCACAGAAGAAUGAUCAGGAUGGGAACGUCUUGCUAAUCAUCGAAUGUGGCACUGAGUCCUCUAGCAUGUCUGUUAAGGUCAGCCAGGGAAGCUUACCUGAUGCCAUCAAGGCCCCGGGUCUGGGGGGAAGAAAGGUCACUGUCACUUCUCUGGCUGGGCAGCGGCCACCAGCACUGGAGGGCACGUCUCGUGAAGAACACAGACUCAUACCUCGAACUCCUGGAGCCAAGAAGGGCCCCCCGGCCCCAAUAGAGAAUGAGGAUUUCUGUGCGGUGUGCCUCAAUGGGGGAGAGUUGCUGUGUUGUGACCGCUGCCCCAAAGUGUACCAUCUUUCCUGCCAUGUGCCAGCCUUGCUCAGCUUCCCAGGGGGAGAGUGGGUGUGUACCUUGUGCCGUAGCCUGACCCAGCCCGAGGUGGAGUACGACUGUGAGAAUGCCCGCUAUAGCCAGCCUGGAAUGCGGACAUCUGCUGGCCUGAGCACAUAUGAUCAGAAGAAGUGUGAGAAGCUGGUACUGUCCUUGUGUUCCAAUAGCCUCAGCCUGCCUUUCCAUGAGCCUGUCAGCCCCCUGGCCCGGCAUUAUUACCAGAUUAUCAAGAGGCCCAUGGACCUGUCAAUCAUCCGGAGGAAGCUGCAAAAGAAGGAACCAGCUCACUAUACCACCCCAGAGGAGUUGGUGUCAGAUGUGCGCCUCAUGUUUUGGAACUGUGCAAAGUUUAAUUAUCCUGACUCAGAGGUUGCAGAGGCUGGCCGCUGCCUGGAAGUGUUCUUUGAGGGCUGGCUGAAGGAGAUCUACCCAGAGAAACGGUUUGCCCAGCCAAGGCAGGAGGACUCAGACUCCGAGGAGGUGUCUAGUGAGAGUGGAUGUUCCACCCCUCAGGGCUUCCCAUGGCCCCCCUACAUGCAGGAGGGCAUCCAACCCAAGAGACGGCGACGGCAUGUGGAGAAUGAAAGAGCAAAGAGAAUGUCUUUCCGCAUGACCAACAGCAUCUCGCAGGUGUGA